CCUUUCUUCCCUACUAUUAUAACUUUCUUUGCUCCCAAGCGUAGAAUCCAUCUUCUUAUAUAACAUCUACCAUGCUAAAACCUGCAAUCCAAAUUCCACAAUCUACCUGAUCUCAAACAUGCCUCUCAUUGCUUAUUCUGAUGAUGAUAUGGCUUCCUCGUCCACAACUAAACUCUUCGGUCGAGAACGAUCACUACAUGAUGUCCUUGGGGGAGGAACAGUUGCAAAUUUGGUGUUAUGGAGGAACAGGAACUUAUCAGCUGCAUUUCUCAUUGGGCUCACAGUGAUGUGGUUUCUUUUUGAGAUUGUCGAGUAUCACUUUCUUACACUUGUCUGUCACAUCUUCAUCACUGUUAUGCUCAUUGUCUUCAUUUGGUCCAACGGCGCCCCGCUCUUCAACCGGGACCCUCCAACUAUACCUAAAAUCGUCUUAUCGGAGUCGGCAUUCCAAGAAGUAGCUGCAGGCUUCCACAAGAAGCUCAACCGGUUCAUAUUAAUCCUCUAUGACAUUGCAUGCGGAAAGGAGUUGGGCCUCUUCAUUUUGGUCAUUGCUACCCUCUGGAUACUAUCAACCAUCACUGCCUAUUUCAGCACUGUGAAUCUUGUAUAUUUCGGUUUCCUCUGCAUGAUGUCGCUGCCAGCUCUUUAUGAGCACUAUGAGCAAGAAGUGGAUUAUCUCGUGAGCAAGAGCAACCAGGACAUGAAAAAAUUAUACAAGAAAUUUGACUCGGAAGUUCUUAACAAGAUUCCCAGAGGUCCGGUUAAUAAGAAAUUCAAAUAGAGUGGAGAUGCAUGUUCGAUGAUAAUCUGUUGAAAAUUAUGGGUAACAAUUUCAUUCAAGAUAAGAGAGUUGUUAAUGUGGGAUUAAAAUGAGAUCUCUAAUCUUUGUUAAGAGAUCCAAAUUUCCAUGGAACUUCCUAAUAAUUUAAUAUAAAUAUUUAUUCAAUAAUAAAGAAUCCCUCAAUCUUGGUUGGAAA